UUGCCCAUAACUGAAUUCAAAGCAGCGAAGAAGAAGAGGAAGAAGUAGCUCUUAUGCUAACUUGAUGGGGACGUUGAAGUAAUAACAUAUAUAUCCUAAAUAUGGAUAAAAAGAAGAAACCUCUGGCUGUAGAUGCUUCAUCACUUGUAGACCUGAAAGCUGAACUGUUCAGGAAACAGGAAGAGUUCAAACGAGAGAAACUCGGUCAAGAAAACACCCACACUGGACACAGACCAAAAUCCUCUACUGUCAACAACAAGCAGAAACCCACGAUAUGGAGCAAACAGAACGCCGGAAUCUCGGCAAGAGCUGCGAAAGACUCGGAGCAGCUAGCAGAGGAGCAGGUCACCCUGGACGCUGCCAGGCGCAAGUUGGAGGAAAAGGCCAGACUUUAUGAGCAGAUGACUAAAGGAGACUUUCCAGAUGAAGAAACAGAAUCCCUGUUUCUGGUUGACUUCACUCAAAAGAUUAUUGACAAAAAGAGAGAAGCGCUGCAACAGAAGGAGGAGGAGGAGGAGGAGGACAGACAGAGCUCAUCACCUCCACCACAACCUCUCAAUCCAGACGAGGAAUGGGUGGAUUUUGUGGAUGCUUUGGGACGAUCUCGGAGAUGCAUGAAGAAAGACCUGCCUGAUUUUAAGAAAAUGGACCACGACCUGACGGGCAAAGGAAUAAUCUCAUCUGACAAGACUUUAUUGUCGGAGGACAUGCGCCGCGAGCUGCAGAGGCAGGAGUGGGAAAGGGAGGAAGAGGAGGCCAUGAAGAGGCCGGUCGGACCGAUCCACUACGAGGAUAUCCGAGCUCAAGAGGCUCGAGAGCUCGGUGUUGGCUACUUUGCUUUCUCUCAGGAUCAAGAGCAGCGCAGGAAGCAGAGGGAAACUCUGGACAUGCUCAGGGAUCAGACAACCGAUCAACGGACCAAAAGAGAACGACUGAAGGAGAAAAGGCAGGCCAUCCUGAAGGCUAGACUCGCCAAGGUGAGGCAGAGGAAGAUGAAGAAGGCAAAGUUAGAUGGCACUGAGGAAGAGAGUAAAGACACAGUAGAGGAGGAGGAAACAUUCGGACCCUUCCCUCAGCCUGAUGACCCCCCAGAGGUCAGCACUCUGAAGAGAGUGGAAGUGGAGAUUCAGGAGAGGAGGGACACCAAACCAGGAGUCCCUCACAUCAGGGAAUGGGACAGGGGCAAAGAGUUCAUGUUCAGCGAGUGGAAAAGUCGCCGCCGGGACGAGCGGGAGACCGAGUUUGCUCCUCCUUCAGCCUACUUUACUGAGAACAGACGAACAAAUCCAGGAAAGUUUAAACCGAAGGAGAAAACCUCCAGUGCGUUCUUCAACACAACAAGGAGUUCUGGAGAAAUCUCAGAGUCCAAGUCCCAGUGUCGACCCCAAACUCUGUCUCCACCCCCUCCAGCCCAGCAAAAACCUUCAUCAUCCUCAGACGAAGCGGCACAGGCCCCACCCUCAGAGAGCUCUUCACCUUCAGCUCCCCCUUUCAAUCCCCAGUAUGCUUCUCCUCCUUUUUAUCCUGCAUUUCCACCUCCUCCUCCUUUUGGAGCCCCCCCUCAUGUCCCGCCUCCAUUCCCACCCGUGUACCCAUACCCUCCCCGGUUUCCACCUCCACCAGCUGACCAAAGACGAGCGGAGCCCCCACCCCCAGGCACCUCCGGUAGCCUGGAUGACAUGCUGUCCUUCUACCGGAACUCUUCCUGACUUCUCCUGCGUUUGUGAAAGUAAACAAAGCAUCACAGAAAAAAAAUAGAAACCCAUGUGUGAAACAGAACUAGAGAAUAAAAUGCUCAUUUGAACUUUCUACAUCCCACUCUGCUGUGAUUCUCAUUGAUAAUCCCUUUUUUUAUUUAGAAAACUGAACAAGUUCAUACUUCAAAUGUGUUUGACAGAGAAAUGGAUGAAACUUUUUCCUUAAAAACUAAGAUAAAAGCUGCUUUUGGCUAUAAAAAGAUGCUUUUACAGGAUACUCACAAUAAUGUUAUUUACAUGAGAACUUAUAUUUGGUCUGAAUUUGAAUGAAAUGCGUAAAGUUUUCCUUUGACAUUACAAAUAAUAAAUGAGAAGAAACAC